AAAUACAAAAUCAUUUGCCUAACAUCAAAUCAAAAACCUCUUUUUUUUCUCCUCUUCUGGCUUCGCCAACUGUGGCAACAAUAAACCAUUACACUUUCAGCCCCUUAGAUUUCACAAGCGCUCAUAGAUUCAUUUCUUUGAUUCCAUUUCGAUCUUCCCCGAGAUCUCUGCACUCUGUUUUUUUUUUUCUCUCUUAAUAAAAACAAGAUUAUAUACUUUUUUACUAGCAUGAACAAAUAUCUGUUUUUUUUCCUAUUUUCAUAACGUGAAAAAAGUAAUCGAUCAAAUUUUUGUUUGUUGUUUUCAAUAUAUCAGAAUCUGUUUAUUUAUCCAAUUUUAUGGGCUUGUUGUCUGAUCAAACUGUCAAUAAUUGCUUUCUCUUGUGUCGUGUUUUCCUUGAUUUUGGGGAUUUGAUUGAAUCUUUUCUGGUAGAAAUCUAGUUUAAUUCUUUCUUUUAUUGUUCGCUUGUAUCUAAAUUCAGACCCAAAAAAAGAAAAGAAAAGAUGAGUGUGGCAAAGUCUCAGGUUUGGCAACCGUGUAAGAAGAAGAGGUCUUGACCGAGAGAGGGAGAGAGAGAGAGAGAAAGAGGGGAACAAAGGAAUUGGAAUUUUUGUUUGGAGGGUAUCGAGGCUGAAAUUCUAGAGACAGAAAGUGAAAAAUAUCUAGAGGGAAAAAAUGGCGUCGCGAGGAGGAGGAGGAGGAGGAGGAGGGACUAGCAGUGGGAGUAGGAUGCGUGUGGGGAGAUAUGAGUUAGGAAGGACGCUUGGAGAAGGAACAUUCGCGAAGGUGAAGUUUGCUAGGAACACUGAGACUGGUGAAAAUGUUGCUAUUAAGAUUCUUGAUAAAGAGAAAGUCCUUAAGCAUAAAAUGAUCGGUCAGAUUAAACGUGAAAUUUCAACUAUGAAACUAAUCAGGCACCCAAAUGUCAUCCGUAUGUAUGAGGUGAUGGCAAGCAAGACAAAAAUAUAUAUUGUUUUGGAAUUUGUUACUGGGGGUGAACUUUUUGACAAAAUUGCAAGUAGAGGGAGGUUUAAAGAGGAUGAAGCACGAAAGUAUUUUCAGCAGCUUAUUAAUGCUGUAGAUUACUGUCAUAGCAGAGGCGUGUACCAUAGAGAUCUAAAGCCUGAAAAUUUGCUACUGGAUGCCAAUGGAGUUCUUAAAGUUUCAGAUUUUGGAUUAAGUGCUCUACCUCAGCAAGUUCGAGAAGAUGGGUUGCUUCACACAACAUGUGGUACGCCAAAUUAUGUUGCUCCAGAGGUCAUCAACAAUAAAGGCUAUGAUGGAGCCAAGGCAGACUUAUGGUCAUGUGGUGUGAUUCUUUUUGUCUUAAUGGCUGGUUACUUACCUUUCGAAGAAUCCAACCUCAUGGCUCUCUACAAGAAGAUAUUUAAGGCGGAGUUCACAUGUCCUCCAUGGUUCUCCUCGAGUGCAAAGAAACUAAUUAAGAGAAUUUUGGAUCCUAAUCCUUUGACACGUAUUACUAUUGCUGAGGUUAUUGAAAAUGAGUGGUUUAAGAAAGGAUAUAAGCCGCCUACAUUUGAACAAGCAGAAGUUAGUCUUGAUGAUGUAAACUCUAUCUUCAAUGAAUCAGGGGAUUGUCAAGACCUUGUUGUGGAGAGGCGAGAAGCUCCUAUAGGGCCAGUGGCACCUAUAACUAUGAAUGCUUUUGAACUUAUAUCUACAUCCCAGGGUCUCAAUCUCAGUAGUCUUUUUGAGAAACAAAUGGGACUUGUGAAACGAGAAACGAGAUUUACAUCCAAACAUUCUGCUAAUGAGAUAAUCUCAAAGAUUGAAGAGGCUGCAAUGCCUUUGGGUUUUCAAGUAAAGAAAAAUAACUUCAAGCUGAGGCUUCAAGGGGAGAAGACUGGACGCAAGGGUCAUUUAUCUGUUGCAACAGAAAUCCUUGAGGUGGCCCCUUCUCUUUAUAUGGUUGAGGUUCGCAAAUCGGGUGGAGAUACCCUGGAAUUUCACAAGUUUUACAAGAACCUGUCUGCUGGCUUAAAAGACAUUGUCUGGAAAACAGUUGAUGAGGAGAAAGAAGAAGAGGUGGAGAGAAAGGGUGCUGCUGGCAGUGCUGUGGUUCCAUUGUAAAUAAGUGGCGUCCUUAAUUGGUUUGAGCUGUCUUGGGGGGUUCUUUCCGGGGAAAACUCCCUAGUAAAAUGAUUAUUCGAAGUAAAUGUUACCUAAGGUUGGAGUAUUUUAUAUGGAUUGUUGUGAAAAGUAUCCUACAUGCACUAUAAUGUAACUUAUAGCAAUCAAGAACUUGCUUAAGCAAUGAAAACUUUUCUCCUUUGUUUUUGUA